CAAUCUUUUUUUAUGUGUGAAUUUGUAUAUUUUAGUUGUCAUUGUUGAAGGUCUGAUUUUUAGUUCAGUUUCAAUCUUUUCUUUGUUUAUCUUAAUUUGCAUGAUGUUUUUUCUUAGUUAAAGAUCUGAUUUUAGUUCAGUUUCAAUCUUUUUUAUGUGUGAAUUUGUAUACUUUUGUUGUCAUAGUUGAAGGUCUGAUUUUUAGUUCAGUUUCAAUCUUUUCUUGUCUGAAACUGCAGAUAUUUUGUCAUAAUUAAAGGUGUGAUUUUUAGUUCAGUUUCAAUCUUGAUGUCUGGAUUUUAUUACAUUUUUUGUCAUAAUCAGUUGAAUUUCAGGAUUUUUGAGUACCCAUUGGAAGAAAUUUCUUGAUUUAGUAUAAUUGAGUGAAGAGAGAGUUCACUUCAGUCCUUUCUUUUUGUUUAUAGUUAAAGGUAUGAUUUUUAAUCCAGUUCCAAACUUUUUGAUGUCUAAAUUUGUAAUAUGUUACCAUAAUUAGUUGAAUUAAGGCUUUUUUAAGUACCCAUUGGAAGAAACUCCUUGAUUUAGUUGAAUUGAGUGAAGAGAAUUGAGUUCACUUUCACUCUUUUCUUGAUGUCUGAAUUUGUAGAUCAUAGUUAAAGGUCUGAUUUUUAUCUCAGUUUCAGUCUUUCUUUAUGUCUCAAUUUUUAUAUGUUUUUGUUAAAGUUAAAGGUGUGAUUUUUAGUUCAGUUCCAAACUUUUGGUGUCUAAAUUUAUAUUAUGUUACCAUAAUUAGUGAAUUUCAGGGAUUUUUGAGUACCCACCGGAAAAAAAAUUCUUGAUUCAUUAGAAUUGGUUGAAGGAACAGAUAACUUUUAUAAUGGAGAUGGAUUCUGAGAAUUAUGGGUGCUCACAUUACAGAAGGAGAUGCAAAAUUAAAGCACCAUGUUGUGAUGAGAUAUUUGAUUGCAGGCAUUGUCAUAAUGACUCAAAGAAUUCUUUAGAACUUGAUCCACUCAAACGCCACGAUAUUCCUCGCCAUGAUAUAAAAAGGGUCAUUUGCUCAGUGUGUAAUACUGAACAGGAAGUUCAACAAACAUGUAUCCAAUGUGGGGUUUGCAUGGGGAAGUACUUUUGCUCAAAAUGCAACUUCUUUGACGAUGAUGUUUCGAAGAAUCAAUACCACUGUGAUAAAUGCGGAAUCUGCAGAACGGGUGGCGAGGAGAAUUUCUUUCACUGUGACACAUGUGGAUGUUGCUAUUCAAAGUUGAUGAAGGAAUCACAUAUUUGUAUAGAAAGAGCGAUGCACCACAAUUGCCCUGUUUGCUUCGAGUAUAUUUUCGAUACAACAAAAAACAUCACCGUCUUGCCUUGCGGUCACACCAUGCAUCUGGAAUGUGUCAUGCAGAUGGAACGACAUUUCCAGUAUUCUUGUCCUGUUUGCUCGAGAUCAUACUGUGACAUGUCCCAAGUUUGGGAGAAACUGGACCAGGAGGUUGCAUCAAUGCCUAUGCCCGAAAUGUAUCAGAACAAGAUGGUCUGGAUUCUUUGCAAUGACUGUACAGAAACAUCUGAGGUUAACCUCCAUAUUGUAGCACAUAAAUGUCCUAGUUGCAAAUCCUACAAUACAAGGCAGACAAGAGGAGGCACCAGUUCUUGCGCUAAUAUUACCGAAAGGGUCAGAUGACGUUCUUAAUCGCGACAUUAGACCAGAUUUUUUAAGUGUUUAAACGUUGAAAUCAACACGAACGACUGCAAUAAUUGGUAUGAUUUAACUUCGUUUCCCUGACGAGUUUACCGUGGGAAACAUCAAAGAGGAAGCUACUUACAGGUUAUUACUUGCAACAAGGAGUUGCGGAACAGUGGAGGCAGAUUCAGAUUCAGGAUUUAUUUUAAGUUUGUGGGUUCUGAACGCACAGUCCUUUUCACUUACUAGUUAUAGGUGUUAAAGUAGAUUCCUUAAUGCGAAUACAGUGCAAAGCUACUGAGUUAUGCCAAACUUGUAUUAUGCAUUAUAAAUCCGCCCCUGGCUCCAUGCAGAUGGACUUCUCAAUUCGAUCUGUACGUCUGUUACGAUCUUGAAGUGUUGACUGAUGAUAUUUCCCAUCAAAUAUUACUAGCUUUUUGUUUCUCUGAGGGGAAAUACAAGAAGAAAUUUCAAAUGAA